AUGGUUCUCACUGCUGCUAGAGCUUUUAACCCGGAACACCUUACGCGGUCGGAGACUCAGCUGCCAUCUUAUGUAGAGACUGCUGACCCCCGUCGGCCAAGGCAAACCUAUGCAGAUGUUCCACCAGAGGGAAGUCCUGGCCACCCUGCAAAUGGUAAUAACGCUCCAACUGAGCCCAGGGGCUCUGGAAUUGCUCAACCAGUGUCUGCUGAGACUGGAAGUACAAGUUUCCGGACUGCAGCAGCGGAAGCUGGCAGUUCAAGAAAUUUUUGGCCUACACCGAGCGCCGGAAGUUCGAUGAGUCUCCCAAAUAUACCUGGUACAGCUGGAAGAGUUGAAAGCUCGGUGGACAUUACUUAUCCUCUCCGAUCUGCCUCGGCCGAUGCUCGUGGCCCAAGGGACGUUCAACUUGCAUCUACAGAAGCUGGAGGUUCUAGAGGAUUCGGGAACACACCCACAACAGCUGGAAACUUGAGAGUUGUUAACUCUCUCCAGACUACUCCGGUCGAAGCUGGGAGCUCAAGGGACACUCAAUCUAGCCCGGCAGAAGCCGGAGAUUCGAGCAGAUUCCAAAGUAAUUCCGCUACAGCUGGAAGCUCGAGAGACGUCAAUACUCUCCAGACUACCCCAGCCGAAGCCGGAAGCUCAAGGGACAUUCAACCUGCGCCUAACGAAACUGGAAAUCCAGAAAAUACCGACCAGUCUGCCCAACAGAGGAGACCAGAGGAGGGAUCAAAUCCUCAAACCGAGCCUGAUCCACAGCACCCAUCUAGGGGUGUCCCAACUGGAUGGUUGGACUCUCUCUUUGUUGUGCAUCUUCCUCUCGUGCAUACAUGCUUUGGCAACCAGCGGAGAAUGCAUCGCGUUAGGCGGACUAUUUACCCCUCGUAUGUCUCGGUUGGAAUGGUGAGACAGCUACCUAGACUCCAGACACAGAGGCAUGACAGAUUUGAAUGGCUGUUUACGGUUUCAGCAAGGCCACAAAGUAGAUUUCUAUUCCCACGCUGGUUGAAGAACCUGUACAUCGGUAUGCCACAUCUCAUCAAGGAUGAGCCCGGGGAGUUUAUGAGGAUGCUCACCUGGCGUCGCUUCAACCCGGGAAUCCCACGGAAAAGAUCUUUGAUCAGAUGGUAG